ACAUGAACUAUUUCCAAAUAGUCCUGUGGAUAGCUAAACUAGCUGCUUGUCAAGCAAUAAGCUAACGGAAACAUUUUCACACCGGAUUGCCAGCCGCUGGACAGGAUUACUAACACCGACUGUCUUGUAUUUCUCAGAUAUUUUAAAUAACUGCAGUUAUAAACUCGACGUUUUCAACGUUAUUCAACGGUGAAUAGCUGAGCUAAUGCUAGUGAGGUGGCUACCAAGUUAGGCUACAGGCUAUUUACUUAGCUCUUUCUAGUAUGCUAGCUAGUUUGCUAGUUUAGCAGUUGACUAUCUCAUGCAGUACUGUUGAGAAGUAAAUGUUUGUUAUGCUGAGGCGUUGUUGUGGUCUGUAGGACACGUUUUGAACUUCUCGCCUGUUAGCUGGAUAACGGUUAGUCAAAAGUUUUCUCGCUCCAAAUUUAAGUGUGUGUUAACGUUCCCCAUUCAGCUGUUUAUUUAUUUUUUGAGUUUAAGUAGCUAACGCUAGUUGACAGUUGAAUAGAAAAGCCAGCUAGAUGGGCAGACGUGUUUCCUUUUUUAUUCUCAGUGGCACACAGUCUGUCAGCAUUAGCUCAUGAGAAAACCCGAGGUAGAAACUGCGUACAAGGUUUAGUUAGACGGCCUUUUAAAAUGAGCAGCAUGAUCCUUUAGUUGGUUUUCUGUCAAACCCUUUCAAAGCCAGUAUGAUUUAUUUAACUCCGAUCUGCUGCUGAUAAAGAUCUGCUCGGUGAAGUUGAGAAGGAAAGAUGAGUGAGCUGAUCACACGGCUAGUCUUGGCUUUGUGUGGAUCUGGAAGAGGAAGAUGACAGUAUAGGAAGGGUGAUGAGCUGAUCGAGGAUUCUUCUGGUCUACUCUCAGAGACUGCUAGAAAAUGCCCAGAAGAAAACAAUCAAAUCCACAGCCUGUCAAAUUGGGGCCUGAAGAUGCUGUUGGUGUUGGGAAUCCAGAGAGUUUGGUUCUGGAGAGUGAUUUCCUCCUUGAACAGGAUUUUGGAGAGAAUGACUACAAGAUCAUAGGAUUUGAGAGAGACUCUGAUUCAGUAACUGCUGACAUGGGAAUUCCAGCAUACGCUUUCAGCGAUGAGGACUGCUCCAGUUACAACCGCCUCAGCAUGGAAAGUGACUUUGAGGACCCCCGAGACACAGAGAGUGAACGGGAGGAGAUGGGCGGAGACUCAGCCUUUCCCCCGUACCUCUCCUGCAGGCAGUGUGGCCAGCUCCUUGGUGAUCCCCUUAGCGGGGCCCUAGACGUAGCUGGACUCUACUGCCUUCAGUGUGGUGGUGAAGAGAGGGGAGCAGAACAGAAACACGAACAAGGAAAGGAGGCUGCGUCUGCUCAGGGCUCCCAGCAGAAAGGACACAGAACGAAGUCUACCCCCAACUCCUACAAAACCUACUCGUGUAAACUGUGCAGCUUUACCUCACGCUACUCCAACCACCUGAAGCGGCACAUGAAAACACACAAUGGCGAGAAGCCAUACCAGUGCCAGCACUGCGCGUAUGCUUCAGCUCAGCUGGUUAACUUACAGAGACAUGUGCGUACGCACACGGGGGAGAAGCCGUACAAAUGUGACUACUGUACAUUCGCCUGCAACUCCUUAGGCAACCUAAAGCGGCACCGGCGUAUGCACACUCAGGAGAAGCCCAACAAGUGUAGCCAGUGUGAAUACCGUGCAAGUAGCAGCCACACCCUAAAACGUCAUAUGAUGGUACAUAAGACAGAUGCAUCCACAGUCAUGGAGGAAGAGAGUGUAGCGUCUGAUCUGAGUCUGCACAUUAGUGCUGAUCCAGACUUCCUGCAGAGUAUUGGGAGCCUGCAUGCUGAUCGUCACCCCCCCAGCCUGCUGGAGGCUGAGGCACUAGGUCAGGAGUCGGAGCCCAUGGCCGAGCUGCUUUUCCCCUUCACAUGUCGCGUGUGUGGCUUGGCACUGGAGGACGAGGAAGGAGAGGCCAUGCACAUCUGCAGCAAGUGCACUCUGGACAUGCUAGCUAAGAGCUCUCCAUCUAGCCCCGAGAAAGGAGACAAGCUUUUCUCAUGCACUUCAUGCCCCUUCAUCACACAGUACCCCAACCACCUGGUGCGGCACAUGAAGACUCACAGCGGGGAAAAGCCUUACAAAUGUCCACAAUGCAACUACGCCUCAGCCCACUUCGACAACCUGAAACGGCACCACCGCGUGCACACAGGUGAGAAGCCCUACAAGUGCCACCUGUGUGACUACGCUUGUGGAAACCUAGCUAACCUGAAGCGACAUGAACGCAUCCACUCGGGUGCCAAGCCCUUCCAGUGUACCGUGUGCAGCUACAGCUGUAACCAGAGCAUGAACCUGAAGCGCCACAUGCUGCGCCACACUGGCGAGAAACCAUUUAAGUGUCAGGAGUGUGCCUACACCACAGGCCACUGGGACAACUACAAACGGCACCAAAAAAAGCACGGCCACUCCCCUGAAGGGUGGAUGAAGAUGCCAUUGCCAGAGAAGGAGGAGGAAGAGGAGGAAGGCGAGAUGUAGCGUUAUCUUUUAUGGAGCUCUUCUCUCAUGCUCUUAAUACCUAGCAGAUGUUGCCUUACUGUUUUAAUAUUGCAGAGGUGCAAGGUGCAUAUGGCAAGAGUGUCAUUCUGUGUUUGACCCCCUAAUUCAAAUUUUGUUUUUCUUUGAAUAGUGAUGACAGAAGUGAGACCACUAUUGAAUCAUUUUCUCAGCAUGCUGAACAAAUUCAACACAAAACCAAGAAUAUCACUGCAAGCAUGCAUGGGAGUUGACUUUAAGCUAUAUUUAAUCUGUAGUACAACCUUUUUCAUAUCUGGUGCGAAAAGCAUUAUGCUUUUAAAGUUAGACAGAGAACAGGACAAUUGUGGUUAUACAUCUGUAACUAUAAAGCUGGUCUGAUUAAGCUUACUUACAUCCUAAAGUUUUAAUAAGAUCUCCAUUCUUAUAAAUUUUAUAUGAUUUACUGAGGUAAAGAGUAUUGCAAUAAAGCCAAUGAGUCAUCAUUUUCUAGGUUGAUACUAUCUUUAUUUUAAAAAUUCUAUAUUGUGGAUUUGAUUACACUGAAAACCUUUGGUUGCUGCUAAAUUAUGUAGGAUGUACAAAUAUGUAGUUGUUUUUCUGGGUUUUACUGUAAAACGAUUGUCAGCUGCCCCUGCACCAAUGCUGCACUGAUGUGUGUGUGUGUGUGUGUGUGUGUGUGUGUGUGUGUGUGUACACAGGGGUGUUCUUGGCCCCUGGCGCUCACCUUAUUUCCCAGGGAAAUGUGGGAAAUGUGGUUCUGUGUGUGUGACUUUUUGUAAGUGACUUUCAAACACUUUUUUUUCUAAUUAAGUUGUGUGAUGCCUACUGUGAAAUUUCAUAUUUCAUGAAAAAUAAACCCAUGAAAAGGGAUAAAGUUGUAAUUUCAUUAUGCUUUGUUUUGGGGAAGACCUCAUGAGGAAAAAAGGAAAGAGACCACAUUUGCUAUUAUCAUUUUAUUGGCACAGUCACAGACAGCACAUUUCUCUGAUUGUAGGUGUCUUAAUGGUUGUCAUUCUAUGCUUUUUGUACAAUAUAUUUUUUUUAAAAUAGUAAAAUAUAUUUUGUACAGAAAGAGCACAACAUUUAUAAAAUGGCCAAGAUCAUUAGUCAUUCAAUGAAAUCAGGGACUAAGUCAACAUAUUUUAUGCAUAAUUAUGGACAUGUGAUGUUUGCUAUAUACUGUCAAAAUGUUUAUUUAUGUACUGUAUAUUAUUUUUGUGGUUUUUAUUUGCUUUAUUGUUGUGGGGACUUGUCAAAUGACCUUUGGCUUUAUAAUAAAACAAGAGUUUAGAUUUUUUUUUUAAA